AUGCUUUGGCCGGCAAAGAAAGAGAAUGACACUGACAAUGCGGCUGAAAAUUCCGUUGGGGAAGCCGGUGACGAUCAAGAAGACCAAUCCAAAGAACUUGUCCUUGCGCCGCCUCUUCAAGGAAGCACCCUUCUACCCGCACCAGCCGCGGCCGUUGUAAGCGGUUUCACCGGCCUGACUUCCUUCUAUGUUCGCGUGGGCACAAAGGUCGGAGGCUGGGGCUUGUAUGCCGGGAGAGAGGCCACGUUGAAAACGCUCUCUGUUAGUCGGAGUGCCCUGGAAGCUAUCCUUGUUGCUGCAGGAAGAGAUGUAUCUGCUCGAAGCAAUGGUGACCUUGGGAGGGCCGAAGCAGAGAAUCUGCUUGAGAGAAGCAUAUCUGCGUUGUACUCGACCAUUUCAACCAUUUCUUUUAUAGCAUCUGCAAGCUUUCAUCUUACGGAAGCUUCCAUGAACUCGGCCUCUGCGUUGUCGAUACAGGGACUGUCCACGCUCAAUGCUAUUCUCGGCUCUACCGAAUCCUCUCGGGCAGUUGCCGCCAUCAUCACUCUGAUCAAAGAUGAACUUAACAAGCCAGAACGUGGAAGUAACGGCGAGAUCAUUUCAUACUUGGACCUCAUCAUCGGAACGGUCGGCUUUGUUAUGCUACAGAGAUGGGGCCGGCGCAAGACUGAACUUGAUUUCAGAGAUGCUGGUGGCGAAGAAACUAUCUGGGACGCUGUCAUCGAUGACAAAGGCUUCAAGGCCGACGUUGUCGGGACCAGAAGACAAGGCAUGAUCAGCAUACACCCUAAUCCCACGGCACCGCCUAUGACAUUCGGUUCCCCAGACGGUGAGGAUGACUUCGAAGCCUUGGAACGAGGUACAUUAUUCGAUACCUCAGCAGUCGUCUUUGCGCCAGAAGACCAGACCAAGUUGACCGAUGAAGAGAUCCGAGAACGUAUUACAAGCCAACUGCCAGACGGGGCUCGAGCCGUCAUCACGUCGGAAACACUCACAGCAAAAACCAUCAAGGUGGACAUAUACGACGCCCAAACAACACAUAUCGACCCUCCACCUGGUACAGUUAUGGUUGCCGAAAGAUUGAACCAUGGUGACUCCGGAACCGACCUGCAAGGGGCACCUCACCAAACCAUCGUAUUCCAAACCGCUUUGAAGAAGUCGAGGAGUAAAGACAUUCCAUCCGCAGUUGAUCAGUUGCGUCUCACCCGUGGCGAGGAGCCGCCAAUGGACCAUGACGAUGUGGACGGGCUCUUCAUGAUGAACGCUGCCCCAAAGCAGAUAUCCAUCGUGGAUGAACCCGUCCCGUUCGAAGCUCCAGCCGCCUUGAACUCCGACAAUGAGGAGGAGACAGCAGAGUCCUCCGUACCUCCGAAUUUGCCUCCCAAAGUUCUUGGUACAGUGGCUAAUCAGAAGAAAAGUCGACGGCCCGUCAUAUCAUACAGCAGAUCUCCGCCGGGCGCAAAUGCUAUGAGUCGAAUACCCCUUGUCAAGAAUAAAAAGGACAAAACUAUCACAAACGCUAAAACCGACAGAGGCGGAGCCUUCAGGAAAGCGCUGAAGACGUUCAGCCCCAGCCAGUCCUCGACAGCAGUCAAAGACCUUCACAAAGCCUUGCCCCAGCGACCGCCUCCUUCCUCGAUCCCACCUCAACAGCCCACCUCGCGGGCGCCAUCGGCAGUGCGUGGUGAUGUGACUCCUCGAAAGAACUAUGCGUCGCUGAGCCACGGCCAUACACCACUAACCAGCCCAAAUGUACAUCGCGCCGCCAAUCAAGAAUCAUCUACUAGCUAUUUUGCUUUGCAUCAUCGAAGAAGAGAUUCCUCUGUCUCACAGACCACGGAGACCUACUCGGUACACUCUAUCGACAGUCGACCGGGAUCGCCGACAUUUACGCGUACUCACACUCGAGUUGUUGGCGGCCCUGGCCAAGCCAAGUCUGAACUUGGACUUACGCUUGACGAGGCCGAGUCUAGAGUCGAGACCGCUAAUGGGACAGUCCACCAUCGACGGUCUCGAUCUUUUGUGCCCAGCUUGUAUUCAAUGGCGACCAAAGACUCCAAAGAAGCCAUCAUCUUAGCACCAAAGACGCCAGUUUAUCGAAAAUCCAUCUACGAAGACCACAACAUAUUGAAUGCUCUAAUCACUAAUGGCAAGGUACCUGGAACGUUCCCCGACCGCCACAUGGUCAAAACGAUUCGACGGUUUGCUAGAUUUGCAUCUGCCUCAUAUGGCUCCAACUUUCUUCAAGUGAUGGGCCUUUCCUCAGCUGAAGCUCAAUUGAGCAAGACUACAGAACUCAUGACCUUGAACGUCCAUCAUGAACACAGCUCAUUUUCAAGCCAUACAGGCCUACCUCCAGAUACCAUUCUUCUGUCUUCCUUCUACGAUCCACAAGGCGUCACAGGUACCGCAGAUUGGACGCCAGCUGCAAUAUCGCCCUUGAUCCAUUUCAUCUCCAUCGAUGAUGAUUCGAAAGCUGUCGUAUUGACCUGUCGUGGAACACUGGGCUUUGAGGACGUGUUGACCGAUAUGACCUGUGAUUACGAUGACUUACUGUGGCAGGGCCGACGGUACAAGGUCCACAAGGGCAUCCAUGCAUCCGCAAGACGAUUGCUUGGUGGCAGCGGAAGCCGGAUCAUUGCCACCAUCAGAGCCACUCUUGAACAGUAUCCUGAUUACGGCCUCAUUCUUUGUGGCCACUCGUUGGGAGGUGCCGUCGCCGCUAUCCUAGCUAUAUUGCUGUCUGAGCCUUCUUUUGACGGGUCGAAGACUUCAUUCGUCACUGGAGACGCACCCAAACUCCUGACGCAUACGAACAGCGAUGGCCCCAGCACAUCGUACGUUCCACCGAUAAGCCUACCUGCCGGUCGCCCUAUCCAUGUAUAUGCCUACGGCACCCCAGCCUGCAUGUCUGAGCUUUUGCGUGUGGCUACGCGCGGCCUAAUCACAACCGUGGUCAACAAUACCGACGUCGUUCCGUGUUUAUCACUUGGCGUCCUCCACGACUUCCGCACGGUGGCUUUACAUUUGAAGACUGACACGAGUGACGCGCUUGGUGCAUUGGAAACGAGGGUCUGGCAACGCGUGAAGAAUGCGGUCAAGUCGUCCUUCUACAACAACCCGAAAGGUCCCCCUCCGCCCGAACAUAUGGCCGGGGACGGACUUGGGGAGGACACCUGGGCUUGGGCAGCAUUGAAGACGCUGCGUGCGGCGAUGGUAAAUGACAAACUCGUCCCGCCGGGCGAAGUGUUCGUGGUGGAGACGACUCGCGUGUUUGAUCGAUUAGAUCCCGAUGUCGCCCGCGAAGCAGUCUUUGGGCCGGACGAUUCCAAAGAUGACAGGACCGAGAAAUUGUAUCGAGCACUUGGUCGUCCGGCCACGAGAGUGCAGUUCAAACUCGUCCGUGAUGUGGAAACUCGAUUCGGAGAGUUGAGGUUCGGGCGAGACAUGUUUGGAGAUCACUCGCCAGGUAGGUAUGAGGCUGCGCUGGCAGCUUUGGAGAAGGGCAUCUGUGAGGAUUGA